AUGAAUAGAAAAAUUUUUAAAUCACUUCUUAUUAUUUUUCUCAUUCAUUUGUUAGCAUUAAAUAUUGAUGCUAGAUACAAAUAUCAUCAAAAAUCUUCUAAAACAUGUACUAUCACUGAUAUUAGCAAUGCAACAGUGACAAGCACGACACUCUGUUCAACUGGAACACCUAGUUCUAGUGCUUGUCCUGAAUGCCGGCAAGUACCCGAUGAUUGCAAAGAAUGUGAACGCAAAACGACAGUAACUUGUACACCUACUACAAUUGUUUGUGCUUCUACACCUACAUGUCUUCCUGAUGGAUCACCAUGUACCUCCAACUCGCAAUGUUGCAAUUCUAAUGUCGGUGGUUGCUGUCCUUAUGCAUCUAUCCCUAAUACUUGUUGUAACUUUUCACCACCCACAAAAUGA